AUGCAACAACUUCAGUGGUCGACUCUACUGCUUACUUGGAGUAUUUCCCUUGGAUCCGCCCAUGCUAUCACAUUCCAGGUUCCUGGCUCGAGUGGAAAUAAUGCCGCUACACUGGAUUUAAGUCCAGUAUCCUUUGGAUUUCCUUUCGCCACACUCACGGGAUACUUCGACGGAAUGCCUCUAGCCUCCAAAUGUCUUGAUACGUUCAGAUCUGUAUCUGGCGUAUGGCCCAGAAUUCGCGUAGGAGGGACAUCGGAAGACUACGGCACUUUUGACCCUACUCUAAAAGUGCCAAAUAUCGUCACAGGCACUGCACCAACAGGGCAGAGUCAAACUACCUAUGGCCCCCAACUUGUGCAAGUUCUUGCCAACUACAAAGGAACGAUUGUUUGGGGUCUUAACAGGGGGUUCAACAACUUGACCAAUACUAUCGAAGCUGCAAAGGUCGUGGUCAAGACAUUGCCUACGCUUUAUGCACUCGAACUCGGUAACGAGCCAGAUGGUAUAAUUCUCCAAUUCAUGGUAUUCGCAGCGUUGAACGCUACUAUUGCCAAUGGAGUAGAUUGGAAUUUCCAAACAGAAGCUGAGAGCGAAUCGAAGUGGCAGGCAGCUGUCGGUCAGGCCCUUGGUCGCGAUAAUAUCGUUCAAGCCUCGAGUUACUACCAAACACCUGCGCGUGGUUGGGGGGCAGCGAAUUAUUUCAAAUUUGCAGAUCCUACAGCUGAUCGCUACAUUAAGGUGUAUUCACACCACAACUAUCCCCAGACUGCGGUGGGAACCUCUAAUGGAGAAGAUCCUCCUAAUGUCCAAGCUCUGAUGAGCCAUGUCAACAUCACCAAGAAUGUCGGGCUUUACGUUGACGACGUGAAAGCUGCUGCAACUCGAGGGUUCGACUAUGUGUUUGGAGAAACAAAUUCUGUAUCUGGCAAUGGAAAACCAGGCCAAGGUGACACUUUUGCGACUGGCAUGUGGGUUCUCGACUACGUGCUCCGAGCAGCAAGCAUCGGUAUCAAACGGGCAUACUUCCAUCAAGGCACGCCCGGGAAAUCUUACUAUGUGUGGUUCAACGCAACAGGAAUCCAGUCCCCAAUCUAUGGCGGCUAUUUUGCAGCAGAAGCUUUCGCAGGAGCCUCCAAAAUUGCAGCUCUCGAUGACGGAACUACUAAUCAAGCUGGUUAUGUGCUAUUUUCGAAAACUGGAAAGGCUCAGAAGGUAAUUCUAGUUAACUCCGAUUACUAUGACGGCUCUGGUAUUCGUAGCUCGACAAACUUCAUUCUCAAUGGCCUGACAGGUGGAAAUGUACAAGCGCAGAGAUUGACAGCAAAGACUUCGCUCUCUAGGCAAGCUUCAGGGGACGCACCUUCCUUUUCUGGGCAAUCCUUCAGUGAUACGACUUGCAAUCUUGUUGGCAAGAAGGUUGUUGAAUCAGUAGCAGUAAAGGGAGGAAGUGCAAACUUUACCCUUGCUGCAUCAGAAGCUUUGUUGAUUCUACUUUAA